AUGGGCGUCCGUGAAGAUAAGUGGAAAUGGGUUGGGAAGGUUUUGGGACCGACAGACUGGUUCUCCCUGUUCCUCGUAAGCUGGCAUCAGGGCCCAUCUUCCGGGCUACCGGAGACGCACAGAACAGAAACCACCCGUACUAAAAAGGUACAAAUGAAAACCGGCAAAAAAGAAGAUGGAACUCUCACUACUACUGUUGACGAAAAAAGACAUGAAAUAUGGAAGGCACUUCUACCUGAAAUUGAUCAUGGUCUUGAUAGAGAGUUUGAAAUUGAUGACGAUUCUCGAUGGCCAAAAUUAGAGUUUGAUGAAGUUGACUCUGCAUUGGCUGAUACCCCAAAUGAUAAAGCUCCAGGAGACGAUGGAAUUACUGGCAAAGUUUUAAAGAUGGCAUGGCUAAAUAAAGACUUUAAGGAAAGGUUUUUUAAGCUUCUCCAAGCUUGUGUAAAGUUUGGAUACCACCCAAAAGUCUGGAGACAUGGCAUUAUUGUUGUUAUACCUAAACCUAAGAAACCUGACUAUUCAAAGCCAAGAGCAUACCGACCAAUUUCCUUACUUAAGAUUCCAUCUAAAGUACUGGAAAAAUUAUACAAAAAGAAUGACCAAGCUUACAACACACUUACUUCCACCAGAGCAAUAUGGGGGAAGACAAGGUUAUUGUGCUACUGA